ACUAAACCAAACCUCAGAGACCUCCAGAACGCACGCCGGUGCUUCGUGGAUCGCUCAACGAGUCGCAGGAAACGCCGCAGACACCGCGAGAUGAUGGUGCAGUCUGGAGAGGGAACCACCAAUCUUGAUUCAGGUCCUGAAUCCAGUGCUGUGAUGACCAAUGGAGAUGCUCACCCAGCGGAGAAAAAGCAGCCGGAGGGGCUUGAGAAGAACCUGUGCACGCAGUACGAGCAGAAGGUGCGCCCAUGCAUCGACCUCAUCGACUCCCUGCGGGCCCUGGGCGUGGAGCAGGACCUGGCCCUGCCCGCCAUCGCCGUCAUCGGGGACCAGAGCUCCGGCAAGAGCUCCGUGCUGGAGGCUCUGUCGGGCGUGGCCCUCCCCAGGGGCAGCGGCAUUGUCACGCGCUGUCCCCUGGUGCUGAAGCUGAAGAAGCUGCCACCGGACAGUGAGUGGAUGGGCAAGGUCAGCUACCAGGACGAGGAGGUGGACAUCUUGGAGCCGGCGCAGGUGGAACAGGAGAUCAACAAAGCCCAGGACAUGAUUGCCGGGAAAGGCCUGGGCAUCAGUGCGGAGCUUAUCAACCUGGAGGUCAGCUCCCCAGACGUCCCGGAUCUGACACUCAUCGACCUCCCCGGCAUCACCCGGGUGGCCGUGGGCAAUCAGCCUGCUGACAUUGGAAGGCAGAUCAAGGCACUCAUCCGGAGCUACAUCCAGAGGCAGGAGACCAUCAACCUGGUGGUGGUGCCCUGCAACGUGGACAUCGCCACCACGGAGGCGCUGAGCAUGGCCCAGGAGGUGGACCCCGAUGGGGACCGGACCAUAGGCAUCCUGACGAAGCCUGACCUGGUGGACAGAGGCACAGAGGACAAGGUGGUGGACGUGGUGCGGAACCUGGUGUUCCCCCUGAAGAAGGGCUACCUGGUGGUCAAGUGCCGCGGCCAGCAGGACAUCCAGGAGCAGCUGAGCCUGGCCCAGGCCCUGCAGAGGGAACAGGCCUUCUUUGAGGAUCACUCACACUUCAGGGUUCUUCUGGAGGAAGGGCGGGCCACGGUGCCCUGCCUGGCCGAGAGACUGAGCACGGAGCUGAUCGAGCACAUCUGUAAAACCCUGCCGCUGUUGGAACAGAAGAUCAAGGAGAAUCACGACAGAUGCGCAGAGGAGCUGCAGAAGUACGGCUUGGACAUCCCCGAAGAUUCCAGCGAACGGCUCGUCUUUCUCAUAAACAAAAUCAGUGCCUUUAAUCAGGACAUCACGGCUCUGAUACAAGGGGAGGAGGUGGUCGGGGAGAAGGACAGCCGGCUCUUCACCAAGCUGAGGAAGGAGUUCUCCAGGUGGAACACUGUGACCGAGGACAAUUUUAAGGAAGGGAAUGAUGAAAUACGCAGCCAAAUGCGGGUGUUUGAAGACCAGCUCCGUGGCAGAGAGCUGCCGGGAUUUGUGAACUUCAAGACAUUUGAGGCGAUUGUGAAACAGCAAAUCAAAGCCCUGGAGGAGCCGGCGCUGGACAUGUUGCACAUGGUGACAGAUCUGGUGCGGAAAGCCUUCACAGUGGUCUCAGAGAAGAGCUUCCGCGGGUUCUCCAACCUGCACAGAACCACCAAGAUCAAAAUUGAGGACAUCAGCUCAGAGCAGGAGAAGGAGGCGGAGAGGGUCAUCCGGCAGAACUUCCAGAUGGAGCAGGUGGUCUACUGCCAGGACCAGGUGUACCGGGGUGCCCUGAAGAAGGUCAGAGAGAAGAAGGCAGAGGAAGAACGCUAUGGUCUACUACAAUGCACUGCAAAACACUCAGUAGACGAGACCACCAAGGCCGAAAUGUUGGAGCACCUGAUUGCCUACUACCAAGAGGCCGGCACCCGCAUCUCGAGCCACAUCCCUAUGGUGGUGCAGUUCUUCGUCCUGCACACCUACGGGCAGCAGCUGCAGACGGCCAUGCUGCAGCUGCUGCAGGACAAGGACGCCUGCGGCUGGCUGCUGCAGGAACGCCGCGACACCAGCACCAAGAGGAAGUGCCUCAAGGAGCGGCUCUUGCGGCUGGCCCAGGCCCGGCGCCAGCUCGCCAAGUUCCCAGGCUGACCCAGGGCACCGGGUCUGCAGGUGCAGGAAGCACCCCACCUCCGUCCCCCACCCGUCCACGGCUGUAAU